GUGGACAUUGGGUAUUUAAGAAUUCACAGCCCACAAUAUCCACACUGAGCAUAAUUUUAAUGUAUCAAUCAUGAAAGCUUUCCUCUUCUUGCUUCUCUCUGCAGCGUACCUGCUCAUCUCUCAAGGAGGUAGGGUAAGGAUCAUAGACGGCGAUGAAGUUCUUCCUCACUCCAAACCUUACAUGGCUCUGAUCGAGUUUGAGACAGAACAUUAUGAAAUAAUAUGUGGAGGAAGUUUAAUAAGAAGAAACUGGGUGCUAACAGCAGCUCAUUGUCAAAUGUUUCAAAGCACAGUAACUGUUACUCUUGGAGCUCAUUCAAGGGUAAAAAAGGAAAUGGACAAACAAAUGUUUGACGUGGUCAGAUCCAUCAAACACCCACAUUACAACAGUUCAAAUUACAAUAACGACCUUCGGCUCCUCAAAUUGCAUCGUAAAGCCAAGCUUGGCAAAGCUGUACAACUUAUGUCUUUGCCUGAGACAUUUGAGGACACAGAGGCCGGAACGGUUUGCCAAGCAGCUGGAUGGGGUCUGACCGAAGAUGGUGAUAAUUCCGACAAUCUAAUGGAAGUUAAUGUCACACUUAUAGAGAGAGGAAAAUGUCAACGAUCGUGGAAAAAUAAGGUUAAUAUAACCGAAAACAUGAUGUGCACCAGUGUUGGGCCUAAAGGACAGGACACUUGUGAAGGAGAUUCGGGUGGUCCCUUAAUUUGCAAUGGUGUUCUGAAAGGAAUCACAUCUUUUGGGAACAUUAAAUGUGGACAUCCCGGUGAUACCUCCGUCUUCACUCGCCUAACUAAAGAAUACGUGACCUGGAUACUUAACACAAUUAACGAUUGAAUUUAAUGCUCCAGAACUUUCUUGUCUUGCUUUUGAUGCCCUCGUGCCACUGUAUUAAAAACGUUUUCUUCUUUUCUUCAGCAAAUAAUUUGUUUAUGGAAAUUGCAUUUUUAUAGUAAAUGUGCUGAAUAAUUCUGUAUGAAGUAGCCGUGGAUAAGUUUUUAUUGCACUGCAAUAUCUGCAGGACGGAUAAGUCCUUGAAAUAUUUGUUCAUGUAUUUGUAAACAUUUUAAGGUACUUAAAUAAAGUAUAUCACAUUAAUGCCAAACCAAAGAAAUCAUAUAAUGGAU